GCGUUUCACUUUUGGACAAAAUUAUAGUACCCUCUGCAAGGGUAUAAAAUUUAAUAUCACCCUAAUAAAUCAUACCCGCGCUGCCAAAAUUACUUCUAGUCAUGUUCCAAAUAUGAGUAUUUAAAUAGACCACCCCAUAAUGAAAACGUCCAGUGUCCGUUUGAGUCAAAAACACAAUGAAGUACUUGGAAUGCCUAACCCGUCGAAUCCUGUCUGCAGUUUUCUGGGCAAUGGGCUUGGUGCCCUUGCCACCGAUUUCGCAACACUGGCGACUGCUGCUCUCCGCUGCCCUUCGCUGCGGGUGGGUUGCCUAUAUCGCGUUUUUACUAACAGUGUCCCUUACUUUUGAAUCGGUGGCCUUUGAAAGUAUCGGAAACGUAGUGGGCACAGUGCUCUUUGUGGGAAAUUCUGUGCUGGGACUGCUGCUGCUCCUGGAAAGUGUUCUGCAGCAGACGACUCACGGCCAGUUGGAGGCCCUGCGCUUCCAGUCGGAGCUGCAGCUUCAGCGCCUGGGAAUGUUCGACAGAUGUCGUCAGGCCGGACACCUCCUCGCCUUGAUAGGUGGUCAGUUUUCCUGUGACCUUGUAAGGAUUCUGAUCAAUUCGAGGAACCAGGUGUCCCCCGUGUUCACCAUAUCCCUGCCGCUAAUGUGGCUCCUUCGAUUUCGCUAUGUUCAGCUCGUGCAGUAUGUUAUGGAUCUGAAUCAGCGUUCCCUUCAGCUGAGGCAGGCUCUGCUGUCCUUGGCGUCGGGCAAUGACUUGUGGCAGCCAUACGGAGUGCAGGAUUGCCGUCAACUCCAUACCUUGCGGAUAACCUACGAACGCAUCUUCGAAUGCUACGAGGCUUUUAGUGACUGCUACGGCUGGGGCAUGUUAGGCCUCCACCUGGUGACCGGCUUCGAGUUCGUUACCAACGCCUACUGGAUACUGAUGGACCUGUAUGAGGGCCAGGUCCUCCUAACCCUGUUCUUUAACGGAGCCACUGCCAUCGACUUUGGCACGCCCAUCGUCACUUUAUUUUGGCACGGCGAUGCUGGGGCGGAAAACGGUCGCCAGAUCGGCUGUUUGAUCUCCAAGUUGGUGAAGCCCAUGGGCAGCAAGAGAUACAACGACCUGGUCAGUGAGUUUUCGUUGCAAACGCUCCAUCAGCGAUUUGUGGUCACCGCCAAGGACUUCUUCAGUCUCAACCUUCACUUGCUCAGUAGCAUGUUUGCAGCAGUGGUUACCUACCUGGUAAUCCUUAUACAGUUCAUGUUUGCCGAGAGAAGUGCGAAGAGAAUUUCCGAAUCAGAAUAAACAGAUCAAUUUCUAAGGGACUCCUUAUAAUGAUACCAAGACCCAAAAGGGAAUGCAAGUUUUUAGUCGCAGAAGAUUAAAUUUUGAAUGAUUUAAUUAUGAACCAUACUAUGUGUUAUAAGCCGAGAAACUAAGGACCGCUUCAGGAAUGCUUAUUUUUGUCACAUUCCCAACCAGAGAAUAACCCUAAUUAUUUAUGCCACCCACGACUAGGAGAUGGGCUGGAUUCUGCGAGGGUCGUUCGGAACAGAAAGUUAGAUUGCUCAAAAGUUUUAUCUUUCGUUUU